CUGAACCGCUAUCGAAACCGCGAAACGAAAGGUUCGUCUCGCCCUCCGCCUUGGCAAAACCCGGCGCUCCGUGUUGCGAGUCGUCCCGAGUUGCAACUCGCUCUUUCGCGAUGACUCCGUCGGUUCCGACCGGACCCCGUGGAGUCCGACGUACCGGCCCAGCGGCUCCGCUCGAGUACGCAGCAUCCAAUGACCGGUGACUCCGGACACCGUGCAUUCCUCCGCCGCCGGCCUAAUCGAUUCCGUACUCAUGUUUUACCCUCUCCUGCUUCUUGAAACCCUAGACUUGAGUCCGAAAUGAGUAGAAGGGAUUCGUCCGUGGAGACGGAAGAAGCAGACGAAACGAGCGCAAUGCAUGGAAGCAGCGGAGUCUGUAUUGGCCCACCUCAGGGAACGAGUACGGUCACCAUUCUUUCCUCCUCCUCCCCCACCACCACCUCCACCAGCGGAGCCACGAGGAGUCACUCUGUGAUGGAGUACGGGUACGAAAGCGGUGGCGGAACACGAUUUCCCCCGCCAACUAAGGUUGCCUCCACGAGGAACUUGCUUUUCGCGACUUCCUUUCCUCCCCUCGACUUUUUCGCGGCGCCUUCCACCCCGUUGUACGCCUCCUACUGCUAUUCUUUUGAUUCAGCUUCUAUGUUGCAGCCGCGGCAUCGUCUCAGAGGCAAAGGCUAAAAGGUGAGCGCCUAUCACCUUUCCCUGUUUUACAGUUUUCAAGUUUUCUUUGUUUCAAAUGAUUGUUCGUAUUAUUCUUGAUGAUCAAGGGCUUGUUAAUAAUGGUUCUAGAGUCUUCGUCCCCAUAACUCUGAGGACAAACGUGGACUGACCCCUAGGUUUCAUUCCAAGAGAUUAAAAUGAACAUGGACAGAAGGAACAGAAAGAAGAGAGAAAAGAGAGCUAAAAAUUUAUUUCUUUACUGGUUCUUCCUCCAAAGCCCUGCAUCUGUUGUGGUCAGCUUUGAUAACAGUCUUCAUCCCUAUAAUUACGUAAAAUUUUAGUUGUCAGAUUUUUCCUUCUCGAACAACAAAGUGGAAUGCGCCUUGGUUGGACAUGCAAAUCAUUUCACCUACAUAACAAGGAGCACUAUUCAGAUGACGGUAUGGGAGUAAGAACUUGCAUUGCUUACCGUGUUGUAUUUCAUGCUGUUUUUUUCUUUGAUCAAGUCUUCAUAUCCCGAUGAAUGCUAUAAUAUUUGCAAAAAUUGCCAAGAUUGAUUUAGAUGUUUUCUUACAAAGCUUUCUGGAUUUUCUUUUACAUGAAUAGCUGGAAAAAGGAGCUUGAUAAUGUUUGGAGAUAGAGCAGGAAGAGUGUGGGACUGAAUUCACAUUUCCAGGCAAAAUGGAUGCCAUAAGAAGCGCUCGGAUGGCUUUCUGUGGGGGAAAUAUCUGUUCAGAUCUUGCUGGAGCCAAUUGUGGUCUUGGUGGAAUUCUCUACUCAAACACUUGUGUCAACCACUUCUUUGUCAUGUUAAUCAAUGUGCUUCUUGUCUUCUCUUUCUUCCUAAAUUUCGCUCACAAAGUUUCAUGUGGAGUUGGUACAAUGGAGAGAUCCUUUUGGAGCUUGUCCCCAGUGCGAAUUUCUUCUCUGAUCUUUAGUGGCUUAUUGGGUUUGGCCUAUAUUGGCCUUGGAUUAUGGAAGUUGGAAGAGAAAUUAAGGAAGGGUGAGGGCUUCUUCCCUUUGCAUUGGUGGCUACUGGUAUUUUCUCAGGGUUUUACCUGGGUGGCAAUGUGCUUGGCAGUGAGCAUAAGAGCCAAGCAUCUAGGAACCACCUUUGUUAGGCUGUGGUCAGGAUUAGCUAGUGCUUUUGCUGGGUUUCUUUGUAUCUCUUCUGUCUUGAGCAUCCUUGUAGAGAAUUCCACUUCGACAAGAAUUGCUCUCAAUCUUUUGUCCUUGCCAGGCACUACACUUUUGUUGUUUUGCACCUGUAACGGAUCCAAAGCUAAGGAGGACCAAGAAAGUUCCGAGGAGUCUAUUUAUGCACCACUGAAUAGCAAAUAUAGUGCAAAAUCAAGUCACCCAGUGGAAUUGAUCACUCCUUUUGCACAUGCUGGCUUCCUCAGUAGAGUGUCAUUUUGGUGGUUAAACCCUUUGAUGAAGCAGGGCUAUAAAAAGCCGCUGGAGGAGAAAGAUGUACCGCAACUAGGUGAACUAGAUUCAGCAGAAAGCCUCUGCUCUUUGUUUCUCGAGAGACUGAAUAACCAAAAACAGAAUAACCAAGCCUCCUCUUCGUCCUACUUAUGGAUAAUUGUUUCUUGCCAUAAGAAAGAAAUUUUUUCUUCUGGUUUCUUUGCGUUGCUCAAGGUUCUAACCAUGUCAGCUGGUCCAGUGCUUCUUAAUGCCUUUAUCAAAGUCUCAGCAGGUUUGGGAAAUUUUCAGUACGAAGGUUACUUAUUGGCAUCAGGAAUGUUCAUGGUGAAAUUCUUGGAAUCUUUAUCUCAAAGGCAAUGGCAGUUCCGCACCAGAAUGUUGGGACUAAAAGUGAGAUCUCUGUUAUCAGCAGCUAUUUUCCAAAAGCAAUUGAGGCUGUCAAGCUCUGCUAAGCUGAUUCAUUCUUCUGGAGAGAUAAUGAAUUAUGUUACAGUUGAUGCCUAUAGAGUAGGGGAAUUCCCAGUCUGGUUUCAUCAAAUGUGGACGAUAGUUAUUCAACUCGGCAUUGCUUUAGUAAUUCUUUACCAUGCUGUGGGUUUUGCUACGGUUUCUUCAAUGAUUGUGAUCAUGCUUACUGUUCUUUGUAACAUUCCAGUGUCCAAGCUACAGCACAAGUUUCAAACGAGGCUUAUGGAAGCUCAGGAUGAAAGACUGAAAUCUAUGUCAGAGGCACUGGUAAAUAUGAAAGUAUUAAAGCUUUACGCUUGGGAUACACAUUUCAAGGAGGUCAUCGAAGGGUUAAGGGCCAAAGAGUGCAAAUGGCUGUCAGCAUUUCAGCUACAAAGAGCAUACAAUACCUUCCUCUUUUGGUCAUCACCUGUAGCAGUCUCUGCUGCUACAUUCUUGGCUUGCUAUCUUUUUGAGAUACCUCUGUAUCCAAGUAAUGUCUUCACAUUUGUAGCAACAUUGCGACUCAUUCAAGAUCCAGUCAGAUCAAUUCCUGAUGUUAUAGGAGCAGUUAUUCAAGCAGAGGUUGCAUAUGGCCGCAUAGGAAAGUUUCUUGAUGCGACUGAGUUGCAGAAUGGGGAUCUCAGAAGAAAAUGCAAUGUUAAUCUCGAAAAAUCAAUAAUGAUUAAGUCUGCUAGCUUUUCUUGGGAUAGAAAUCCAUCUAAACCCACAUUGGAGAACAUCAACUUAGAGCUCAAACCUGGAGAAAAGGCAGCAAUCUGUGGUGAGGUUGGAUCUGGAAAGUCAACUCUUUUGGAAGCUAUUCUUGGAGAGAUUCCAAAUACCGAAGGGAUGAUUCAAGUCUGUGGCAAGAUUGCCUAUGUUUCUCAGAAUGCAUGGAUCCAGACGGGAAGUGUGCAAGAUAAUAUUCUCUUUGGCUCUGUGAUGGAUAGGCAACGAUACCAGGAAACUAUAGAGAAAUGUUCCCUGGUCAAGGAUUUUGAGAUGCUGCCUCUUGGAGAUCUUACUGAAAUUGGAGAAAGAGGAGUAAAUCUUAGUGGUGGUCAGAAGCAGCGCAUUCAACUUGCACGUGCAUUGUAUCAGGAUGCUGAUAUAUAUCUCUUAGAUGAUCCUUUCAGUGCUGUUGAUGCCCAAACCGCUACCGAUUUAUUCAAUGAAUAUGUCAUGGGAGCUUUGUUAGCAAAGACAGUUCUACUUGUAACUCAUAAAGUGGAUUUUCUUCAAGCAUUUGAUCCUAUACUGCUGAUGUCAGAUGGAAAAAUUCUUCAUGCUGCUCCUUAUCAUGAACUAUUGGCUUCCAGCGAAGUAUUUCAGAAACUUACCAAUGCACAUAAGGGCAUUGUUAGUCCUGAAAGUCUUGAAAAGGUUGUUUCUCAGAAAGAAGCUGAAACUGUCAGAAGAGAGCUCAGUUGUAGUAUUAAACAGCAAAGCAUGGCAAAAUUGACAGGAGAAGAUCAAUUGAUUAAGAAAGAGGAAAGAGAGAAGGGUGAUACUGGUCUAAAGCCUUAUUUGCAGUACUUGAAUCAGAACAAGGGAUUCUUGUACUUCUCGCUGGCAGUUCUUUCUCAUCUGAUCUUUAUGGCUGGGCAGAUCUCUCAGAACUCAUGGAUGGCUGCCAAUGUUCAAAAUCCUCAACUGAGCACAUUGCGAUUGAUCAUGGUUUACUUGGCAAUUGGGUGUAGCACUGCACUGUUCUUAUUAUCUAGAUCCGUGUUUAUUGUUAUCUUGGGUCUGCAGUCAUCAAAAUCCCUAUUUAUUCAACUGCUUAACUCGCUAUUGCAUGCUCCGAUGUCAUUUUUCGACUCCACUCCUCUAGGAAGGAUAUUAACUAGGGUCUCUGCCGAUACGAGCAUAGUCGACAUUGAUGUUCCUUUUAGUUUAAUUUUUAGUAUCAGUGCUAGUAUCAACAUUUACUGCAACCUCGGGGUGCUGAUUGCUGUCACUUGGCAAGUGCUAUUUGUCUCUAUACCAAUGAUUUAUUUGACCAUUCGUUUGCAGGGAUACUACUUGGCAUCUGCAAAGGAGUUGAUGCGGAUCAAUGGAACCACCAAGUCUCUUGUUGCAAACCACCUAGCUGAAUCUAUAUCAGGGGCAAUAAUUAUAAGAGCUUAUGAGGAAGAAGACCGUUUCUUUACUAUGUUUUUGAAGCUUGUUGACAGAAAUGCUAGCCCAUUUUUCCAUAAUUUUUCAGCUAGUGAGUGGUUGAUCCAGCGUUUGGAGACCAUGGGCGCUGUUGUUCUUUCAACUUCAGCUCUUUUAAUGGCUUUGCUUCCUGCAGGAACUUUUAGCUCAGGAUUUGUUGGCAUGGCACUAUCUUAUGGGUUUUCAUUAAAUAUGUCCCUUGUUUUUGCUAGUCAAAAUCAGUGCAUACUUGCAAAUAAUAUCGUCUCUGUAGAAAGGCUGAAUCAGUAUAUGCACAUCACCAGGGAAGCCUCUGAAAUUGUUGAAGGCAACCGGCCUCCACCAAAUUGGCCUGUUCUUGGUAGAGUUGUGCUUCUGGAUCUGAAGAUCAGGUAUCGACCAGAUACUCCCCUUAUACUUAAAGGGAUCAAUUGCACAUUUGAGGGAGGACACAAAAUUGGGAUAGUUGGCCGAACUGGAAGUGGGAAAUCAACUCUAAUAGGUGCACUAUUUCGAAUUGUUGAGCCAGCUGGAGGAAAAAUCAUUAUAGAUGACAUUGACAUUGUCACGAUUGGGCUUCAUGAUCUAAGGUCCCGAUUUGCUGUCAUACCUCAAGAUCCAACACUUUUCCAUGGCUCAGUUAGAUAUAACUUGGAUCCUUUGAGUCAAUACACUGAUCAGCAAAUAUGGGAGGUCCUUGAUAAAUGUCAGCUACGAGAAGUUGUUCAAGAGAAAGAACAUGGCCUGGAUUCACUAGUUGUUGAAGAUGGAUCUAAUUGGAGCAUGGGACAACGGCAGUUGUUUUGUUUGGGAAGAGCAUUAUUACGCAGAAGUCGUAUAUUAGUUCUUGAUGAAGCCACAGCAUCAAUUGACAAUGCCACAGAUGCGAUCCUUCAAAAGACCAUCAGAAGAGAAUUUGCAGAUUGCACUGUGAUUACUGUGGCUCAUAGAAUCCUAACCGUGGUGGAUUGCACGAUGGUGCUUGCUAUUAGUGAAGUUGCGGAGUAUGACUGCCCACUGAAAUUGAUGAAGACCAAAGGAUCUCUACUAGGGGAGCUUGUCAAAGAAUACUGGUCCCAUACUUCUGCUUCUAGCAUCCGAGCCACGGAUUCCUAGUGAGCUCGCGAUCCCAGUUUGUAAUGCUGAUUAUGCUUGAUAAAGACAGGACGAAAAUUAAGGUGCCAUCCAACUGCCUUUUUGAUUCUAUGGAUACAGUAGACUUUUAAGAGCAUUUAAGAAGAAUAUGAUUCUUCUCAUAGUUGCUUCUGUGUAUGAGGAUUGUGCAGGUAUGUUGUAGGCUCUACUUAUGUCGGUUUAGUAAGAUAUAGAUGAUAAAGCCAAUCAAACUUUGUGUC